UAUCGACGAAGCCUCUCGAAUAGCUCGUUCGAGCGUGCAAGCGCGUCUUAAUCCGCAUCCUCGUCUCCGUUGCGAUACCUUACAUCCCCUUCGUAUCGAUUCGCAUCGAUUUACCAUAUUUCCAUAUCGGGCUAUGCCGUAACUUUCAAGGCCGAUGAAACUUAAAGGCGUGAAUCUUAUGUUCGCAAUAGAAGGCGAUAUUAACUAUCGGUAUGGAUUUGUUAUCAUUUGCAAUGGUACAUAGAUAAUAGGAAAAACGCAACCGAGAUUCCUUGUCUCGCAACGAGUGACGGCUGAUCGAUUUCCGCAGCUCCACCAUCGAAUCCUAUCAAUAUACCUAAUUCUUUUGCGUUUUUUCCUCCUUAAAAAAAACAAAGCAGACACUUAAGUCGACGAUAAACGCGCGAUCUUGCAUUGGAGAUUUUGUUAUCUUAUCAGAAAAGAUCUAUCGUGAUACAGGUUUUGAUAAUCGUUACUUCGACCUACAAUUGAACGAAUUCAGUAGUAGCAAGAUUCGAGAAACGAUUAAAAUCGAUAGACUUUUCGUACUGGCGACUGCAACUAACAUAGGCGACAGCCACUUUGGUGUCGUUGACGACAUCGCCGUAAUUUGCAUUGUCCGAGUCGUCUAAUAUCGGGUAACAGUUUAGCGCGACUCUUGACGAUAACUCGCUGACGCUGACGGAGUGAACAGAUCGCAACAAUUGAAUCGUUUGACCCGUGUUAAUUGGCAAGUUACAGCAUCGCGAAUGAGAGAAGUUGACCAGAGGAGGAAUCGGUGUUCGCGUUAGUCUACAAUCUCGUUCGUUGGCUUCACGGAAUCUCUUGGUUGGUGCGAAGGUUUGCCGUUUCGCGUCCUCGACGGGGAUAAAAGUAUAAACGCGGGAGUGGAGCGUCAAGCGACGUUCGCGCGGCUUCGGCUUUGCCUCGAGACUGACAAGAGAGAUUCGAAAGAGUUUCGCGAUCGACAUCGAAAUCGUGUUAUAAAAGUAUGGUGACGAAUCGUGAAACCGACGUGAAAAUCUUGACGAUAAACGCGAAAAACGACCACGAGGAUGGAACGGCGAAUAUCGAAAGGGCGAUAUCGGCGACAGGCUACGGAACGUUCAACGUGUUGUUGCUUCUGGCAGCAUUGCCGGUCGCGUGGACCGGGAUCUUUGACACCACCACGACAGCCUUCAUUCUCGCUUCCGCCGAGUGCGAUCUCCAACUUACUUUCUUCCGCAAGGGCGUUCUCGUCGCGUUCCCCUUUCUAGGAAUGGUGUUGACUAGUUUCAUAUGGGAUUACCUGACGCCGUACGUUGGAACGAGAAACCUGUUCAUUUUCGCGUUGUUCGCGGAUUCGAUUCUAAACGUGCUAUCCAGCGCUGUCGACAAUUACUACCUCUUUCUGGCAUUGAAAUUUCUUAGCGGCGUUUUCACGGGUGGACCGUUCUCGAUGGUGAUCGCCUAUUUGUCCGAGUUUCAUUCGGCAAAAUAUAAAGCAAGCUUCGCCAGAUGGGCAGGACUGGCUGUAAACGCGGCGAUCAUCGUUCCCGCGGCUCUCGGCUUCACGAUUCUACCCUUGCCUCUGUCCGUUGACGUCUUCUACCGACGAUACACUAGCUGGCGAAUCUACCUGCUGAUAUGUUCGAUCGUUCCGGUGUUAGGCCUCGUGACAGCCACCGCGCUACCGCAAACACCCAAGUACCUCAUGGACCUUGGUAAACCCGAGGAAGCUAUGAAACUGCUCCGCAGGAUGUACUGCAUCAACAAAUGGAAGCCGGCAAACACGUUUCCGAUAAAAACGCUACUGGUAUGGGAAAACUCGCAGAUAUCGCGACAAUCCAUAUUCCAGGCAACUACCGAAAAAAUACGACUCUCCUGUUAUAAUACCAAACUGUUGUUCUCCGGUCCGUACGUUCGUACCGUUGCCUUCCUUAAUUUCCUUCAGUUCGGCAGUAUGCUGGGGUUCAACACGAUGAGACUUUGGGUACCGCACCUCUUCAUCAUUUUGAACAAUUUCGACGACGAGAAGUGGAACAAAGAUCGAGCGCCGACUAUGCGCGAGAUGCUCGAUCCUCGAAACAGUCUGCCUGCCAGGGACUACCUAGAUUGCCCGGAAUUCCAGGACAUCUGCAUCACGUGGAAAAUCAACGCGGCAAUAUAUCUAAAUUCUACCAUAAUAGCAUUUUCGGCAGUCUUCUUCUCCUUUCUUGCCGGCUUAAUAACCACCUGCGAGUUACGAAAGAAACUGAUACUGGUUGCAGCUUUUCUAAUCUCGGUGAUAAGCAGCUUCGGAAUGAACUGGGCACAGCUUCCACCUUACAUGCUCACCCUCGCUGCUGCCAUCAUCGUGACGACAAGAAUAACGGAUCCACCAGCCUCGCAAUGCUCAACACAGUUGGAAACUUAGCCGCUAUUUUAGGAAAUUUUCUAUUUUCCGCCUUGCUAGACGUCGAGUGUCUGGUCGCGUUCAUGGGAAUGGGUUGUUUGUUGCUCGGUAAGAAGACCAAACUAUCCAAACUAAUUCUAUAAGUAUAUUCCGCGACUUUUUUUACUCCGUAUCUUCUCUGUUUAGCCUGCUUCUGCUUGUCUUUCUUUCAACCGAAACCCGUGAGGGAAACUUCGACGCAAGUUCUCCAAGCAUGAAGCACUAUAUGGAUUAUGAACGUUUGUGCCAUUUUAAUCUUUCCACUCUCGAAAUGGAAAGAUUGCUGGAAGAAGGGAAGGAAACGCAACAAUACUGUGAUAUCGUUUGGGAAUUAAAACGCUUCUUCUCGUUUUUCGAAGGAUCAAACGGACGGAUCGCUAUAUCAGACAGAACAAGUAGAAAUAUAUUUUUAUAAGCGUUAGAUAAAAAAAAGAAAGGAAAUAUCGUUUCUAUUUCUAUUUCUAUUUCUAUCGUCUAGUCUGACUUUUGAAAAAUUCUGAAUGCCACAUACUUACGUUUCAAUCUUAGUUCUCGUUGUCUUUAUCUCCUAUGCCUUAAUCAACAGAACAUACAUGAAAACUGCGUUCAAAUAAAAUUUAAUUAACGCCGAACGUCAAUUUGCGGACGUGAAUAAUGCGAAUAGAAAAACGAAGCUGCUGUGAUAGCCUUAACGUUAUAUAGGAAAACCAUUCUAUCGGAAUCGAAGGCUACGCUGCUUGACGCUCGAUUAAGUUCAUACAUCGAUAAAAUACAAUAAAACGUUUUCCUAGUAUUAAUCUAGAGUAAGUACUCGAAUUUCAUUGCGACAGAUAAGCAGGAACAAAGAAAGAGUUGCUCUGUACUAGAUAAAGGAUCCUUCUUUUCUUUCUGUA